AUGGAAGACACAUACAACGCUCUAGCAAAGCGCAUUCGAACAAAAUGGGCUGAACGAAAAGCACUCGGCCAAGCUCGACUACUCGUCGUUGUCGCUGGUCCGCCAGGCUCCGGCAAAACCACAAUCGCCAAUAAAGUCGUCGAGCAUGUAUCAAAAUCCAGCAAUGCGCCGUCAAUUGUUUCAAUAUCGGCAGAUGGAUUUCACCUCUCACGGAAAACAUUGCAAUCGCUUCCCAACGCACAGGAAGCUAUUGCCCGCCGCGGUGCACCGUGGACAUUCGACGGCACUGCGGCAGCAGAACUCGCACGCAAACUCCGGUCAGAAGCCGGACGCAGUGCCGUUUCUGCUCCGACAUUCGACCACGCCAUCAAAGAUCCUGUUCCAAAUGGUGUAUCAGUGGCGGCUGAGACAGAAGUCUGUAUUUUUGAAGGCAACUACCUAUUAAGCGACGAGGGUCCCUGGAGAGGUAUUGGAGAUUUGGCAGGUGAUCGGUGGCUUGUCAGAGUUGACCCUGACAUCGCAAGACAACGGCUCGCCAAUAGACAUCUUCAGGCUGGAAUAGAAACUACGAUGGAGGAUGCAAUUAGGCGUGCUGAGAGCAACGACAUGGUGAAUGGGGAGUAUGUCAUGACACACAGUUUUGGGCGAUAUGAUAUCCUAAUUGACAGCGCGGAGGAGUCAGGGCCUACGAAACAGUCCUAG